GGCCGGGGAGGGGCACGGGCGGGCCCUGCCGGGGGGCGUCCCCCAGCGCCUGCGGGACACCCGGCCCGGCUCGGGGGCUGCGGGUCGGGAGUGCGGGACACGCCGUCUAACCCCCCCGCAGGCUGGUCUCGUCCAUCCAGGCCGUCAUGGCCUCCACGGCCGGCUACAUCGUGUCCAGCUCCUGCAAGCACGUCAUCGAUGACCAGUGAGUGCCCCCGGCCCCGGGACCCCCAACCCCGCGCCUCGGCCCCGGAGCCAGGCCCGGCCGAGCCCGCGCCCGCGCUGCCGCUGUCCGUGGUGCUGCGGCGAGUCUCGGCGCUGCUUUCAGCACCGGACAGGGCCCGCAGGCCCGUGCUCCCGGCGGCCCCAGCCCCAUCCCCACCGCUCUCGCCGGCGCCGGCCGAGCAGCGCUGCCCGGACGCCUGGGUCCUCGCUCCGCUCUGUGUGCGGGGCGUUGUGGGGGGGGUCCUGCACCGGCCGCCCCUCCCCCGCUGCCCGGAAACAAUGAGUGCUGCUCCCCCUCCCCGCCCGCCGCGGACAGGGGGGCCAGGGCGUCGUAGGAAAAUUGCGCCCGCAUCCCACCCCACCCCCCCGCUCGGCCCCGCAGCCCCGCUGCUGCAGUGUCCCGGCUGCGGCUCUGGCACGCGGCCUAAUCCCGUCCCGCAGAGCAGCCGCCUAGUCAGCACGGCCUGGCCCCGGGGCGGGGCUGCGGGGCGGGGGCGGGGCGUCGCGGAAGGGGGGUUGCUGGGCACCGCGGGGGCAGCAGCGGGGAUCCGUGACCCCCGGCUGCUCCCAGCACCCCCGGGCGGGCUGGCCCCGCCGCCCCGACCCGGCCCGCGCUGUGCCCGCAGACACUGGCUGGCCCGCGCCUACCCCGAGUUCGCGGUGCCCUACUUCGUGUACGACCUGGGCGCCAUGUUCCUGUGCCACCUGCACAAGGGCCGGCUGCAGGCGCGCGGCGGCCCGGGGCCGGGGCCGGGGCCGGGGCCGGACCGGGGGCUGGCGGCGGCCGCCCGCGCCUUCCUGCGCAAAGAGCUGCUCAUGGUGCUGCAUCACCUCUGCAUGGUGCUGGUCUGCUUCCCCGUGGCCGCCCUGUGGCGCCAGGGCAAAGGCGACUUCUUCCUGGGCUGCAUGCUGAUGGCCGAGCUGAGCACGCCCUUCGUCUGCCUGGGCAAGGUGCUGAUCCUGUACAAGCGGCAGCACACGCUGCUGCACAAGCUGAACGGCGCGGCCAUGCUGGUCACCUUCUUCUGCUGCCGCGUGCUGCUCUUCCCCUACCUGUACUGGGCCUACGCGCGCCACGCCGGGCUGCCGCUGCUGGCCGUGCCGCUGGCGCUGCCGCCUGCCUACAACGCGGCGGCCGCGCUGCUCCUGGCGCCGCAGCUCUACUGGUUCGGCCUCAUCUGCCGCGGGGCCCUGCGCCUCUUCCGCGCCCCCGCCGCCGCACCAGCCCCCGGCCCGGGCGCCGGCCCCGCCCGCGCGCACCCCGACUAGCCCCGCCCCAGGCUCAGGCGGAGCCGCCCGCCCGGGGAGAGCGGGCCCCGGCUCUCCCGCGCUGACCCACUGCUAGGCCACGCCCCCAGUGUUAAGCCACGGCCGCUCCAGGGCACAGGCCCCGCCCCAGGGGGAGAUGGCCCUGGCUCCCACCCCGCCCCCAGUGCUAGGCCACGCCUCAGUGUUAGGCCACGCCCCCAGGGCACAGGCCACGCCCCGGUCAGUCUGAGCCACACCCUCCCUUCGAGCGGAGAGAGGGUCCUGCCCCUCCCACCGCCACGCCCCGCCCACAGUGUUAGGCCGCGCCCCUCCCUCAUUUAUCGAUUGAUUCCGGGGCCGGAUGUGUCCGUUUGACGGCACACUACGUAUUUAUUUAUUUAUUUAUUUAUUUAUUUACUGAGAGGGGCGGGGCCGCGGCGCGGGGCCCGCUAGCGGUCAUGGGGCAGAGGGGGGCCGGGCAGGAGGGGGCGGGGCCUCCCCGCUGCCCCGCCCCCCCUCCGGGGCGGCCCCCCCCACCGUAGCAAUAAGCAGGGGGAGGGGCGGCGCCCCCUCCCCCCCCCCCCGCGCCCCCCAGCAGGGGUGGGGCCGGCGCGGCCGCGCCUAUUAAAGAGCCUUGUGAGGACCGCA